UCUAACACAGCCCUGCAGUUCCCGCCUAGGGAGCCGUUUACGCUGCUUUAUCGCGGACUUUCCAUAAAAUGCCUCGACAAUCCAGCAAAUCCAACAGUUCGCUAAAACUUUCAUUUCAGUACAGUCAAGUUUCCGUCAGACAAUGAGAAAAUUCUUGAUUUUUGUGGCCCUGUGCGCCGUGUGCACUGCGGCUCCAGCACCGGCUGAUAUUACAGAAACUGAAGUUGCCAGUGCCCGCCCUAUUCCGGCUAUUAUUCAGGAGCUGCUUAAACCGACAGCGAAACCAAUUGGACCCGAUGCCGUUCAGGACGAAUCCACGAAACCUAAGCGCGAGUCACCAGAAAAACCAUCUAGCGUAACUGGACAUGAGGCUGUACAGCACGAUGAACAUGCCCACAAUCAGGAUGCAGGAAAACCAGAUCACGCUGUGCUACAUGAGCCCGGACACCAUGAAUCCACAAAACCGAAGCGCGAGUCACCAGCAAAACCAGCUCAUGAGCACAAUCAUGAUGAGCCAGCCGUACCCGAGGUCCAUAUUCCAGUCACUCCACUCUGGCACGUGCCAGGGGAAGCCAGCAGCACCCGUCCUAGUCCACUGCGUCAUCAUCCAGUGCCCAUUUCUGAGGUUUUGAACAAGCCCAAGACCACCGCCGAGCCCAGCAGCAGCAGCAGCAGCUCUGAAGAGAGCGAGGAGGGCAAAGAAAUCAAGACCUAAGUCACGAGCUCAACUUUCCUGUUAAUUGCUUCAGCAUGUUUCGAAAAAGAAAACAGAUCGAAGUCGUAACAAAUAAUUAAAAAUAUACAAUUAUAUUAACACGCUCACAAAA